AAAAUUUUGAAAUCCCGCGGCCGCCCCGUCGUCCUCUCCAUUUCAUGACCCUAUAUAUACCACCAUGUAUUGAAGGGAAUCCAUCCUCAGUUUACCAAUCUUCUGUGCAGCCACCGAUCCAUGGGAGGAAUAGAACUCGACCUGAACCUUGAUCCACCAUCAGAUGAUUUAGACCAAAAUGAUCUCAUCGAUUGGGAUGGCAUUGAAGAAUGGGAUGGUCCUGCCCAUGAGCUCGACUACAACCUUGUGUGGCAUGAUGGAGAUGAAGCAGAUGGAGAUGCUGAUAUGGAAGAUGCAGAAGGAGCCGGAGAUGGAGGGGUGGUACCUGCAAGAUCAGAGGGUGUUAGAGAUGGAGGGGUACCUGCAAGAUCAGAGGGAGCCAGAGAUGGAAGGGCGCCUGCAAGAUCAGGAGGAUCUGCUGCCUCAGAAGGAGUACGAUCUGCUGGACAGGAGGGUAAGGCUUAUGCUGCAUUUUUGGUCCAAUAGAAGUAGUAGCAUAUCAUUGACGUACUAGAUGAACUUCAAUAUCAUGCACG